AUGAUUGAUUAUAGGUUUUACCAUAUCCAGAAUACAGCAAAAGAGAAAUUAGCUCAACAAAAAGAUUGUGAUGCAUCUCAAAUAAAAUUAGUAUAUUCAGGUAAAGUAUUACAAGAUGAUAAACCAUUAGAAUCAUUUAAAGUUAAAGAUGGUGCUUCUAUCAUCUUUAUGAUUUCAAAAACUAAAAAAACCCCAACUCCUGGUCCAACUAUAAGUCCUGCCCCUGCAGUUGCUGCUGCAGCUGAAGCAACUACAACUGCUUCAACUAAUGAUUCCAGUCGUGCAGAACCAACCGUUUCCACUUCUGAACAACCCCAAUCCAGUCCCGUCGCAGCUGCAACCCAACAACCAGCAGGUACUCCAACUACCGCUGGAGGUGCUGCACCAACUACUUCUGAAUCCACAUUCGCAUUAGGACAAGAAAGAGAAGCCACAAUUUUGAAUAUAAUGGAAAUGGGAUAUGAAAGACCACAAGUUGAAGCCGCAUUAAGAGCCGCUUUUAAUAAUCCUCAUCGUGCUGUUGAAUAUUUGAUUACUGGGAUUCCUGAAUCUUUACAACGUCACCCUCAACAACAACAACCAGCAACAGCAGCCCCAGCAGCUCCAGUGGCCGCUGCUGCUGCUGCCGCUGCACAACAACAAGGUGGUGCUGGAGCUGGUGCACCAGCUGGUGCCGGUGCAAGUGAUGUAGGUGGUGAUUUGGGACUACUUGUUGUUUACGUUAAUAAUUCUCGACGAAAUGUUAGUUUAGGUCUUAAUUUUCAACCUUUAUUAGAACAAUUAGCGGCUUCGAAUCCUCAGAUUGCAAGUUUGAUUCAACAAGAUCCGGAAGCAUUUAUAAGAACUAUUUUAGGUAGUGGUGGGGAUGAUUUUGGGUUUGAGAUUGAAGGUGAUGAAGGUAUGGGUGGUAUUGGUGGUGGUGAAGCAGGAGGAGAAGGUGGAGAACAUAUUACUAUUCAAUUAAGUCAACAAGAUCAAGAUGCAAUUAAUAGAUUAUGUGAAUUGGGGUUUGAACGUGAUUUGGUUAUACAAGUAUAUUUAGCUUGUGAUAAGAAUGAAGAAGUUGCAGCUGAUAUUUUGUUUAGAGAUUCAUAA